AUGCAGGAGUUGAAGGGCAGGUUCAUCUCCCAGCCUGUUUCCUCCACAGAUCUGUAUGCCACAACCCAUUUCAACGGUGACCCUGCUCUGCUGGCCAAUGACAACUCCUCUGCGGACACUGCUGUUGCCUCCUGGGACUUCAGAAGACAGAGAGAUUUUGACCAAGAGGUCAUUAAGCCCAUCAAAGAGAGGAUUCAAACGGAAGGACAAUAUCUUUGCCAGCCUGAAUCCAAAGCAUGGUUCCAGAGAUGCUACAGGCAAAAUCGGCAGGCUUUUAAGAUUGGCCCGUGUGCCCACCUUGAAUUUUUGGCAGGUCCUGCCCGAGAUUUGCUUCUGUCUUUGGUAGUCCCGGCUCCUUCUCAGCAGCGGGGUCGCUCACAUCCUGAAGAUAUGACGAAAGCCUUCCACAGAAGGGAGCUUGACCUGAAGGAGGCUGGGCAGUUGGUCCCUAAUGACAUGGAAAGUUUGAAGCAAAAACUGGUCAGAGUGCUAGAGGAAAACCUCAUUUUGUCAGAAAAAAUCCAGCAGUUGGAGGAAGGUGCUGCCAUUUCCGUUGUGAGUGGGCACCAGUCCCAUGCUUACGAUGAUCUCCUACGAAAAAACCAACAGCUGACCAUGCAAGUGGCUUGUCUGAACCAGGAGCUUGCCCAGCUGAAAAAGCUGGAGGAGACAGUUGCCCUUCUCCAUGAAAGUCAGAGAUCCCUGGUGGUAACUAAUGAGUAUCUGCUGCAGCAGCUGAAUAAAGAGCAAAAAGGUUAUUCUGGGAAAGCGCUCCUGCCUCCUGAGAAGAGUCAUCAUUUGGGGAGCUCUUCGCCCUUUGGGAAAAGCACAUUGUCUUCCUCCUCACCAGUGGCGCAUGACACCAGUCAGUAUCUAAUACAGAGUGUCUCAGAUGCGGUCCCAGAGCCUGGAGUAUGGAGCUAG